AUGCACGAAACGACGGCGUUUGGGGCUUGUGGGUUUGAGGGGAGAACCUUUAUACGCGAGUUGCUGCUUCGAGCUCGCAAAUGGAGGUAUAGGGCUGGUCCAAUGAACAAUAAUGUUGGGAAAGGGAAAAAAGGUUUGGCAGAACAUAAUAAUCAUAUGAUUUUUGACAAAAAGAGUCUCCAUUAUGGAGUAGUCAAUGGAGGGGUAGGUUCUGGAUCAUCAGCAGAAGAUGACACAAGAUUUAGUAAGCUAACUGAAGAUGGAAACAAUGGGUUGAGGGGUCUGAUUCAAAUCAAUGGGAGCUUGCAGGUUUCACAGCAACCACCACAAGGACCAGUCAUAUGCUGGGAGAGAUUUCUCCCUGUGAGAUCAAUUAAAGUUUUGCUGGUGGAAGAUGAUGAUUCAACACGCCAUGUUGUGCGUGCUCUGUUACGCAAUUGUAGUUACGAAGUUACUGCUGUUUCCAAUGGUCUUCAAGCAUGGAAAGUCCUCGAAAAUCCAGAAAAUUGCAUUGGUCUUGUCCUAACAGAGGUAGCUAUGCCUAUUUUGUCUGGAAUAGGUCUUUUGUGCAAGAUCAUGAACCACAAAAAUCUGAGGCAUAUCCCUGUGAUUAUGAUGUCAUCUCAUGAUUCUAUGGGUAUAGUCUUUAAGUGUUUGUCAAAAGGCGCUGUUGAUUUUUUAGUGAAACCUAUUCGGAGGAAUGAACUUAAAAAUCUCUGGCAGCAUGUUUGGAGAAGAUGCCACAGUGUGAGUUGA